GGUCACGAGAAGCCUAGCAGUGAGCCGGACGAGGCAGGUUUGGGACUUGAAAAUCGAGCCUCGGACGCUUCUCGCAUUAUGCGACCAGCGGAGUAUAGUCACAAAAAAACGUCGCCCUGUCCCGAUAUAGGAAGCUUGCUGAAACUAAUAGAAUCUUUGUACAUGUCUUACAGACAAAUAUAAUGUCUUCCCAGAUAAUGCUAUUGUAACCAAAACAAAUCGAUUCUGCUGCGCCUCAGAAAGCAGGCAGAACGUACGGCUUGUGCAGCAGUUUAUGGGCGGACUCCAGCAAGUGGUGUGAGUGAGUGAGGGAGCACGGUACUAUUGAGGCGCCAAUAGAAUAGACUCCUCAAGCGGGCAGAACGUAUGGCUUGUGUAGUAGCUUUUGGACGGACUGCACGGGGGAAGCAUCAUCAUCAUGAUGUGGUGUGAGUGAGCACGCGGCUCCAGGGUUAUGCUAGCAUGUCAGUCCGACCCUCUUUGAGCACUGCACUCUCGUUACGAAUUGCCAUGGAGAACGCAUAAGGCGGAGAACUAGCACGCGGUUCGAGUCCCGCAGAGUCUGUACUUACCGCAUUUGUAGGAGUCGCAGACUCGCCGUAAAUAUUGCGAGCAGCGAUUCGACUCGCUGACGAGCGGUAGUACGAGUCGGCGCAGAGUCUGUACAGCCCGUGAUAGCAGCGCAAAUUCUGUGAAUACUGUGAGCGGCGAAAGUUGUCUCGCUGACGAUACCGCAAUAGUAGGAUUCGUGCGAGUCGCGUGUUUUGUACUCGCACUUCAAGUGUACUCGUCCAAGCUGGAAGCUUCCGUGAAAGUGCUGAUAGUAGUCGUGCUCACCCCCGCGCGCUUCUCCUCACUCCCGCGCCGCGCGGCUCCUCUCUUCCGCGCGCAGCCGCAGUCUGACGGCUUUUCCGCGUGCUGCUCCUCUCUCCCGUUACAAACCGUUCCGCGAACAUCACGAGCGAGCGUUAUCCGAUCACCAUGGCUGCGACGAUUUCAAACCCCGCGGCCCCUAGCCGCUCUCCGUUCCGCUCUCACGGUUCCGCCACCUCCCGCUCUUCCCGCAUCUCCCGCCGUCCACGUUUCCCCUCCGCCAACGCGCUCCUGCUCCUCCCCCUCGUCGCGCUUCUCCUCUCCCCCGCUCCGCUCUUCCCCGAUUGCCCGUUCCUCCGCACUCCGUUCCCCGCUCCGCUCUUCCCUGGCCUGCCCUCCGCGCUCGCUGCGCCGAUGAGCGUGCUGGACGUGUUCCGCCCGCCGUGCCCGCUUCCGCCCAUCAGCGGGCCACCGGGAGGGUGGCAAAGGUGGAGCGAUCUGGCCACGUGGGGAGCAGCGUACAGGGGCAGCAAGGACGUGCCGGGAGUGGGGUCGAAGGCAGCAGUCAACGUGACUGUACCGUGCGGCACGGCUGUGUUACUCGACGUGGCGAAUGUAACCCUCGACACGUUACAUGUGCACGGAUGGCUCAAGCUCUUGGACGACAAGCCACGGUUGCCGCGUAUUCAGGUCCGCGCCAACUUCAUUAUAGUCACGGGGCGGCUGACAGUGGGGGAAAAGGACAAGCAGUUCGCCGCCCAGGCACUGUUCACGCUCACGCCCAACAGCGGGCGGCAGAGGAGAGAGUACAUCUUCACCCUCUAUCCCCCGGCUGAACCCGCGUACCCACGGCCCUUGGGGCACAAGGUGUUGGCAGUGGUUGGCGGACAAGCGGACUUGCACGGCCUCCCAGGCCCGCCAUCCAUGCCCGUUUGGGUCCGCUUGAAUAAGACGGCGAUCGCCGGCCGGAAGGAGAUCGUGGUGGACGGCGACGUCAGCUCAUGGCCGGUGGGCGGCGAGAUUGCGAUCGCGUCAACGAGUGCCAAGAUGGACGAGGCAGAGAGGGCGCUUAUAGCAGGAGUGUCCCCGCACCCUCAAGGCUACUUGAUAAAUCUGACAACCCCGUUGAAGUUCACCCACGACGGCAAUCCCAACGCCAUUCCCGAUGGGUUCGGAGGGGCCGUGGACGUGAGGGGCGAGGUGGGGCUGCUGCACCGCAACAUCGUGAUCUACGGGUUGCAUGAGCCGGGGAAAUACGAAUUAGAAGGCGGCCACUUCAUGGUGUUUAUGACGCAGACCCCUCAGUACAUCGAGGGAGUGCAGUUUGCGUAUAUGGGGCAGCAGGGCGUGCUGGGGCGGUACCCCCUGCACUUCCACGUGUGUGGGCAAGCCAACCAGAGCCACGUAGUGCGGAAGAACGCGAUUGUGUACAGCAAGCAGCGCUGUGUGGUGAUCCACGCCACCAGCAACAUGACCAUAGAGGACACGGUCACGUACGAGAGCAAGGGCCACUGCUUCCUCGUGGAGGAGGGGUCGGAGAACAACAAUGUUUUCAGAAGAAAUCUUGGGAUUGCCGUCAGGAAAGUGAAAGUGGUUAUCCCCUCUAUGGAGUCAUUCGAUAAGCACACAGACGACAAGCCUAGCACAUUUUGGAUGGCCAACCCCAACAACGAUUAUAUUAACAAUGUAGCGGCAGGAUCAGACGAUUCAGGCUAUUGGACAGAGCUAAAAGAUAAGAUGCGCGGUUUAUCCCAGCUCUUACCCAACGCUCGUGACAUGUGUCCCGUACAAACCAAGUUUGGCACUUACACUGGGAAUGUGGCGCAUUCAGCCAAGUUUGGGUUCCGCUCCUAUCCGCAUGGGAUGUUCCCCUAUGCUCCUGGCGCUAGGGUGACUUUGUCCAAUUUCCUCAUAUACCGCAACGAAGUCGGCAUGUUUCUCCACAUCACCCGCCUCAUGACCAUCCAGUCCUCCAUCUUUGUGGACAACGGGCUGUCCAUACACGUCAAGACAGACACGGGGGUUGUGAUUGAUCAAUGCAAGUUCAUCGGACGCACUCAGAACUGCACCGGUGGAAGCCGAGCCAAGGCAGCGUCACUCACAGCAGUAGCAGCAGCAGCAGCAGCAGCAGCAUCAGAAGCAACAGCAGCAGCGGAAGCAGCACCAGUAGCACUGCCCUCACCACUCGGCCCCCUAGCUUCCACCCCCCUCUUCCCCUCCACUCCUCUCCCAUCGCCUACCAGCCCCGUUCCCUCACGCCCAAUCUCAGCCGUUGAUGCUGACUUUGGCCCCACCACGGAUUGGCAGGCGCCAGGCUUGGUGGGAACGGACCUGGACGACAGGCCCGGUGCUGCUGUUCCUGCCCCCGCCAAGGCUACCGCUCCUGGCAAGGCUGUUGCCGAGGCUGCAGGCUUGGGAUAUGAGGCACAGGCUUGGGAGAGGUUUGGCGGAGGGGGAGGAGAGGAGGAGGAGGGGGGGAGGGAGGAGGGAGCAGUGGGGGAGGAGGGAGAAGCAGAGCCGUUGGAUUGGGUUUCACAACCCGUGGACCCUUCCUUGGGCUUAUCUGUGUUUGAUCCCCUUCCAACGGCCAGCAUCAAUCCCCAUCCAACGGACAGCAUCGAUCCCCAUCCAACGGGCAGCAUCGAUCCCCAUCCAACGGACAGCAUCGAUCUCGAUCCAACGGAAAGCAUCGAUCGGAGCAGCUCGGGAAACAGCGGCAGUGGCAGUGACAGCGGCAGCAGAAAUGAGGGAGGGAGGCGGAGAGGGGGGAGCUGGGGGAGAAUAAGAAGAGGGCGCAAGGGGAGAAUGCUGUUGGGGUGGGGGCCGAGGAGGGGAGAUGGGGAAAGGGAAGGGGAAAGGGAGGGGGGAAGGGAGGGGGAAAGGGAGGGGGAAAGGGAGGGGGGAGAGGCAGAGAGAAGAGGUAUGUUUGUUUGGAAUAACCUGGGAAAGCAGCAGCAGCAGCAGCAGCAGCUGCAGCAUAUGGGCGUUCAACAGAUAUUAAGUGACCUGGAGCACAUGCACGUGGGGCACAGGCACCAUGUGGCGAAGCAUGUGCAUCAGGGGGGGCAGCAUGGGCUAAAAGGACAUCACGUCCAUGUGGAGGAGGCGCUCGGCUUACCCCAUAGGUGGGGAAAAAAUGGUGCCAUGCUUGGCGGCCAUCGCAGCAGCAGCAGCAGCAGCAACGGCGGUGGCGGCGGUGGCGGCGGCAGCAGCAGCAACAGUAACGAAGCAUUUAUUGCUGGAGCAUCGUUUGAAAGCAGCAACAGAGGCAGCAGCAGCAGCAUCAGUAGCAGCAGCAGUAGGGGGUACGUUCAAAGCACAGGCAGCAGCAGCGGAAGCUACAUAGAUCGUUACAACAGUGGCAGCAGCAGCAGCAGCAGCAGCAGCAACAAUAUACUCGCUAGUAGCACGUCUCAAUACUAUUUCGGGAGCUUUGAGGCGCCUCUGGGUGUGGUGAUAACGCAGAUCUCCCCUCGAGACUUGCUGGAGCCAAACAAGAUCACCAACUCGUGGUUUUCUUCCUUUGGCACAUGCAGAGCAGCCAGCCCCGCUAUAAUGCUCACCACUAAUCCGUAUGGUGGAUUUUGGACUCCCUCCUCUGCUGUAGAGGGCCUCCGUUUUGCCAAGGACACCAACAGGCUUUGGGCCUCUCCCAAUCCGGCCACUGGCUACAUCCGUUCUGGUGCUCAACUUGCUAACUUCUACGCUCUCUGGGAUCUUGACGGGUCGUUGCUGGGAAGCAGCACCACCACCACCACCAGCAGCAGCAGCACUGCUAAAACCGCUUCCACAGCAAACGGAUUCGGCUUCGCAGUGGCCCCUUUCGACCCCGUUCUCCCGCCUCCCUCCCUCCGCACCACCUCCUCCUUCGCCUGCUCCUACCAGCCCGCCUGGUCCGUCCACUCCUGCACCGGACCCGCCGCCUGCUUCCGAUCCUUCGCUCUCUUCUACAACGAAUCAGUCACCAAGGAUCAGACAGCGAAUCUAAGUAAAGACCAGCGGCGGCCAUACAGUUAUGUUACAUUCACGCGGUUACAGGAUAACGCAACGUUUACCUCAGUGGGGUCAGACAAUGAUUACGAUGACGAUUUCUCGCGGCGGUACGGCGGGGAGCGGCAGCUUCUGCGGCAGGUUACUGCGACGCUAUUGGCUGGGUUUUCGUACCGAGUGUCGAUCCAGCCGUCAGAAGUAGGCCCGGGGUUCUUCUACCCGACUGCGGUGCAGCUGCAGAUGUUGGACGUGGGGGGGUGUGAGGGAGGGCUCACGGUCAUCAUGGACACUCCACCCAAGUCCCAGGACAUGCAAUGGCGCGUGGUGUCUAACAACCCCGAAGCUCCUUGCCCUGGCACGCCAGUCAACCCAUCGAUAGCAUAUACGCGGUCGAUGUGCAUCAGUGGGAAGCCCAUGCUGGCCUUUGACAUUGGCAGCACAGCGAUUCGCUCUAUAGCGAGGAUCGAACUCACUAAGAGCAGCGGGGGCACUGCCUGCCCCACAGCCAGGUGCUUCAUGAGUCCAAGGAGAUUUGAAGGUUUGGAUUGAUAAUUUCUUCUUAUGUUUGAGCAAUAACUAUUGUUCCUUGGAGUACAAAACUGUUAUGAAUUAUAACUUAGAGUAUAGCACAGAAUACUAUAGGGGGACGUGAUUACAAUGUUCUAGAAUAAUGAGGCCUAGGCUAGGUGUGUUGACCAGGGUUGAAUGUCGAGGGUUGGACCAGUUUAGGGCUCGAUAGUCCCGACGGUGACGGGGUCAAAAUGGGUUCGGGGCGACUCGGGAUCAGGUUGGGGCCGAAAAGGUCGACGGGGGCUGGUUUGGUGCGAGAACCAAGGGCCGAGCGUGCGGACCCAAGACAUUCGCGUGUACUCAUUGCGGCGAGCUCCAGUAAGGAAUCGUAAUUCCUUACAUUCUCCCACCUUCUAAAGGAGGGCACUCCCAUUAUCGAGGCCGAAUAGUCGUUACCGUAAUCCCCCGUGUAUAAGAUCCGCCGAAAUAGUCAGCCCAUGGGUGGCAUAUGCGGGGGAUAGCAUAUGAUAUGGCACAUUUUUUAGAGUACCCGCUUUUCUGGGUUUGCAUUUUACAUAACACCCUGCU